CCUAGUCUUGAUUAUGUAGUCGUUAAGAUUCCACGAUGGGAUCUUAAAAAGUUCUCACGUGUAAAUAAGUCUUUGAGUUCAUCAAUGAAAUCUGUCGGUGAGGUUAUGAGCAUUGGGCGUACUUUUGAAGAGACCAUUCAGAAAGCCAUCAGGGCUAUUGACUACGGUUUCUCAGGAUUUGGUCAGAAUGACCUUGUUGACUCUAUAAAAGAGGAAUUAAUCAACCCGUCCGACCAACGGCUUUUUGCCAUCGCCAAUGCAAUGCAUCAAGGUUAUACUGUUGACCAAAUAUGGGAGCUCACAAAAAUAGACAAAUGGUUUUUACACAGGCUAAGAAACAUAAUUGAAUUAGAAAAACAGCUUAAACAAUAUAAUUAUUCAACAAUUAAACCUGAUCUUGUCCUAAUGGCCAAGCAAUUAGGUUUUUCCGAUCGCCAUAUAGCAAAAGUUAUUAGCAGUAAUGAGUUGUCAAUACGGAGGAUGAGACAUGAACAUGGCAUAAUACCUUUUGUAAAGCAAAUUGAUACUGUUGCUGCCGAAUUUCCCGCACAAACGAAUUAUUUAUAUGUAACUUAUAACGCCGUGGAGCAUGAUAUUUCUUUUGAAGAGAAAGGUGUUAUGGUACUAGGGUCCGGUGUUUAUCGUAUUGGCAGUUCGGUUGAGUUUGAUUGGUGUGCUGUGCGCGCAAUUCGUACUCUUCGUGAUCGUGGCAUUAAAACGGUGAUGGUUAACUAUAAUCCAGAAACAGUCAGCACAGAUUAUGAUGAAGCUGAUCGUUUGUAUUUUGAAAAUAUCACUUUAGAGCGUGUAUUAGACAUUUAUGAAAUUGAAAGUUCUUGUGGUGUGAUAAUUUCUAUGGGUGGCCAAACUCCAAACAACAUAGCAUUACCAUUGUUUCGCCAAAAUGUUCAGAUACUUGGUACUUCUCCGGAAAUGAUUGACACUGCUGAAAAUCGAUAUAAAUUUUCUCGUAUGUUGGAUCAGAUCGGGGUCGACCAACCGAGAUGGAAAGAGUUAACGAGUCAUGAAGAAGCGCAUGAAUUCUGUAAGCAGGUUCAAUUUCCAGUUUUGGUACGACCAUCAUAUGUAUUAUCAGGUGCUGCAAUGAAUGUAGUGUAUUCCUCGGAUGAUCUUUCCAAUUAUCUUAGUCAAGCUACGGCAGUUUCUAGAGAACAUCCAGUUGUAAUUUCAAAAUAUAUUGAAGAAGCUAAGGAAAUUGAAAUGGAUGCU